UUACCAUAAAUAAGAUGAAACAAUGCCUGAGGUUUAACCCAGAGUUCAGGCCUGCGAGAAUAUCUGAUGCAAUUCACCAAACAUCAGCAGUAUUGAGGGCCAGCGCCAUUGGAAAAGCAAACGUGGGGCAUCCAAAAGUGAAAGUUAGUCAACAGAAAAAUGUUGAAAAUAGUCUUAAUUAGUGGUAAACGCAAGUGCGGCAAGGAUUAUAUAUCCGAGAGACUUCAAAAGCGCUUAACAAAUCGCGCAAUAAUUGUACGGAUCUCGGAGCCCAUCAAAUCGGAAUGGGCGCGCAAGCUGCAAUUGGACCUUAGUGCCUUGCUCAGCGAUGGCCCCUACAAGGAGCAGUAUCGUCGGGAUAUGAUUGUGUGGAGCGAUGAGGUGCGCAACAAGGACUAUGGCUAUUUUUGCCGUGCAGCCAUGGAGGAGGCGCCCCUGGAUCAGAUCGCUUACGUCAUAGUCAGCGAUGUGCGGCGGAAGAAUGACAUCAAAUGGUUUCGCGAGACCUAUGGUCAGAAUAUGGUCCGAACUGUACGACUUACCUCACGCCCAGAGACGCGUCAGGCCCGGGGCUGGACCUUCACAAAGGGCAUUGAUGAUGUGCCCUCCGAAUGUGAUCUGGAUGACUACGACAGCUUUGACUUUGUUGUGCCUAAUGAAGAUGAGAAUGAUCAGGGAUUUAUAGACCAGCUAUUGGAUAUGCUGCAACUCAAGUAACUGAAAAUUACUAUUCAAAUUUUACUCGAAUAUGUAUUUUUUAUAUGAAAUGUAUUCCAUAUGGUUAAGAUAGCUAUAGCCACAUCACCACUUUACACAUCACGAAUUAAUUAAGGGAAAUCACUGAUUUUUAAGAAAGCGUUGAGCUAUAAAACUGUAUGGUUUAUAAUGGUUGCUGUAAAAAGCUAUUUCCUGAAUAUUCCAUUAAGAAAUAAAUCACGAAAGCCUGUCCUUCCACUUUGAGGGGAACAAAAUACGUUGUACUCUAUUUUUUGUCCCAAAUGUAUAAUAAAUGUAUUAUUUAAUCAAUCAUGAAA